AUGGCGACUGCAGGAGCAUACUACGGAUCCUAUUCCGAGCCGCUGCGACAAAGCACCGACGAAGUGCAGCGGUAUGUUUACCGAGCAUUGCGGCCAGACGAGGACGUCAUAGCAGGCCUGCGGGCAUGGGAUCCUGCCGCCGAUCGUACCAUGGAGCAAGCUUUGGCAGAAGGUGGAGUUGCAAACCAAUACUUGCACACUACACUCUCGCCAAAUGUGGCACUCUACUAUGCUGAACACACGACCCAGAAAUCCAAGCAGCAAAUCGUUGAGAUCGACUUGGAAGGCUUCAGUGGCGAAGUCAUUGACGUUUCCGAUCCAUAUGGCUGCAGCCGUCAUGGCAUCAAGCAUCACAAAGCAUACCAUUUCGCUGUGAAGCACAAGGUCGUGAUGCUGAGGGGCUACGUCCAGCCUUCCCGGCUCGGUAAAGUACUUAACACAGCUCCUUAUCGUUUGAAUGUAAGAGGUUAUCCGUCCUUCGAAGACUCCGAAAAAGCAGUGCCACCAUUUGUGCUGCAGGAGGUGAAAAGCUACUGGAGGUAUGAUCCAGCCUGGGCAAGAUGUAGAAAACUGCGCAUGCAAGAAGCACCGGACCAAGCGUGGAAGGAUGACGAUGCUGUCCAUGGUGGCGUAUUAAAGCGGGAAUCAGAAAGGCUUGCGGAGCAGAUAGCCAAGUUGGAGGUGCAGAAGAAGCUCAUUGAUGCACAGUCUUGGCAAAUUCAAGAGCGGACUGAAAAAGAAGCUCGCAGAAAAGAAGAGGAGCGGCUGCAAAAGCUUGAACAGGAACGAGCGGAACAACAACGAUUGGAAGAGCGGAAACGGAAGCGCGAAGAAGAGGAGCGUCGCCAGGAGAAGUAUCUUGCCGAGGAGCGGCGAGGCCCAAGAAUUUGGGCGUGCUGCACGGAGCAAGACCACCUGCUUCAGUACUUUGACAGGGCAGCGCUACAGGUGGCUCUCGGGAGGUCUGGAUACAUUACACUUUGGGACCGUGCCAAGGGCCAUUCCUGGUCUGGUAUCCCAAACUUACUGUACAACAAGAUCAAUAGCCGGGGGUAUCAUCAGUCGCAUGCCACACUGGUGGCACUGAGCCCAGAUUCAGACAACUACUACGUGCAGUUCAGCGAUGGUACAGCAAGCUGGGUUGGCCCAGACAGCUUCACGAAUGCCAUACAAAACAGCGGACGUUUGUCAGUCGUUGCUUUCGGUCCAUCGGGCUCAUGGUUUGUGGAAUGGCCUAGCGGUGCAUGGCAGCACGAAGGUCUGCCGAGAAGUCUUUCCAACAUGCUGAACUCUAACAGACAUCGGUCUGUUGCCAUACUCAGCAUCUCUGGCAAGCGGGAUGAGGACGAUUUCAGCGAUAUAGACGAAUAUUAUGAACUUAUACAUGGGCGACAAGAUUCCAGAGACUCCGAACCUGCGUGGUUCAUUCGCUGGGAAGAUGGAAAGCACCCCGCCUGGAAGCUGAUGAAUCAACCUGCAGACCUCUCAGAAACAGUGGACGAGGUGCAGCAACGUGGUGCAGUGCGAAGCAUCGAGUUCGGCAAGCAUGGUGAGUGGGUUCUCCGUUAUUCAGACUAA